AGUGUUAUCACUCAGACACUCAAUAACACGGCCUUAGAAGAUAAUCUUCUAAGGCCGUGCUCAAUAAUAUUAUUGUUUAAUUUAAUUAUCAUUUAUCUUAGCUGCUGCGUGCCUGCACGUGUCACGUGUGUCGCAGUAUCGUCUUCCCGAUCUUUUAUACUUAUGCCUUUCCGGGAAUUCUAUUUUCAUUUUUAACUAAUUUACAGUGCAAGGAUGUCGACUCACAACAGGCCACUGAGGAAAAUCCAGUCCACCAAGUCGGCGUCAGACAACCGGGAGGUGCGCAAGGUGCCCGUGCCGUCACAUAGGCUCACGCCGCUCAAGGAACACUGGUUAAAGAUCUACACGCCCGUCGUCGAUCACCUCCGUCUCGAUAUUAGAUUCAACGUCAAAUCAAGGAAUGUGGAAAUCAGAAAUCCCGUUCCCGACGACGAGAUCGGCUCGCAACACUUGCAGAAGGCUGCAGACUUUGUCAAAGCGUUUGUCUACGGGUUCGAAGUGGAAGACGCGUUAGCAUUAAUAAGACUGGACAAUCUGUUUGUCGAAUCUUUUGAAGUGAAAGACGUAAAAACAUUAAAAGGAGACCAUUUGUCCCGUGCAAUUGGACGAUUGGCCGGAAAAGGAGGACGGACAAAGUUUACCAUUGAAAACGUUACAAAAACCAGAAUAGUUUUAGCAGACACAAAAAUUCACAUUCUAGGAUCUUUUCAAAAUAUACAAGUAGCUAUGAGAGCUAUUUGUAAUCUUAUUCUUGGAUCUCCACCUUCUAAAGUUUAUGGACAAUUACAACAACUCUCUAAGAGUAAAGUUCUAUAAAAUUGUAUAUGUUAAUAUUAAAAUAAAAAAGUGUUUUUAUUAA